UGGCGUAUGGAUUAUAGUUAGAGUUUAGCUUUAUAUUAAAGAACACUUUUAAUAAUCUUAGAUACAGAGCAAAAAAGCCAUGGAAACCUUCAAGAAAGUCACCAUUUCCCUUUAUUUCCUCUUCGCCCUCUUCAGCUUCUCAGAAUCUUCUAGAUCCAUCCCUCAUCAGCCUCAGCCUCAGCCUCUUGAAUCCUUCAAAAUCAACAAUACCCAGAAUGCAAGGAGCUGUUCGUACACAGUUACAAUAAAAACAAGCUGUUCAUCGCCUGCUUAUACUCGAGACCAUAUCAGUAUUGCAUUUGGGGAUGCAUAUGGGAAUCAGGUAUACGUACCGAGGAUCGAUGAUCCGUCUUCAAGGGCAUUUGAGCGCUGCUCUACAGACAGAUAUGACUUAAGGGGACCGUGCACAUACCAGAUAUGCUACGUGUACCUCUACAGGAGUGGAUACGAUGGAUGGAAAGUGGACAAAGUAACCAUCAGUAGUUAUUCUUCAAAACCCGUUACGUUUAGUUACAACUCGAAGAUCCCCAAUGAUGUUUGGUUUGGAUUUAAUUUCUGCUCUGGGCAUCAAGCUGUGGAAUCUACUGCAGCAAUGUAAAAGAUUGAGUUGAAAAUUCCAAGCUUUUAGUCAGAACUAUGAAUUAAGUAAUGCAAUGUUCUGAGUUAAAUAAAGUGAUGACAUCUUUUGUAGUAAACUAGGAAAUGGAAAUUCCUGAUAGAUCUAGUGAUUUUUCCCCUUUCUUUGCUGGUUUUUAGCUACUGCUGUUAUUAAUUUCAAAAUUCUUGUAUAUUUUACAAGGAUGAUUAACUAAA